CACGCCGCGAGACCCCUUCAAGUCAGCACGCGGGCGCCAACAUACAACUUUCUGCUCGUCCUUCUUAGAAAAUCAGCGAAAAUGAAAAUCGAGGAGGUCAAGAGCACCACCAAAACACAGAGGAUCAACGCCCACUCCCAUGUCAAGGGUUUAGGAUUAAACGAGGAUGGUACAGCUCAACUUUCAGCGGCGGGUUUGGUGGGGCAGACGCAGGCCAGAGAGGCAGCUGGAUACCUAGUUGACUUGAUUCGCACAAAGAGAAUGUCUGGCCGUGCUGCUCUCUUUGCUGGUCCUCCUGGAACAGGAAAAACUGCUAUUGCUCUUGCGGUGGCACAGGAACUUGGAAACAAGGUACCUUUCUGCCCCAUGGUGGGAUCAGAGGUUUACAGUUCAGAGAUCAAGAAGACUGAGGUGCUGAUGGAGAACUUCCGCAGGGCUAUAGGGCUUCGAAUCAAGGAAGUCAAAGAAGUUUAUGAAGGAGAAGUAACAGAACUGACACCUGUUGAAACUGAAAACCCUAUGGGAGGGUUUGGGAAAACUGUGAGUCAUGUGAUCAUUGGCUUGAGAACAGCAAAGGGAACAAAACAAUUGAAAUUGGAUCCCAGUAUAUAUGAGACGCUACAGAAAGAACGAGUUGAAGUUGGAGACGUCAUUUAUGUGGAAGCCAAUUCUGGGGCAGUUAAGAGACAAGGAAGAUCAGACACAUAUGCAACUGAGUUUGAUUUGGAGGCUGAGGAAUAUGUCCCACUGCCUAAAGGUGAUGUUCACAAGAAGAAGGAAGUAAUUCAGGAUGUCACACUCCAUGACCUGGAUGUGGCCAAUGCUCAACCUCAAGGGGGCCAAGACAUCCUCUCUAUGAUGUCACAACUCAUGAAGCCAAAGAAGACUGAGAUCACAGAAAAGUUGCGCUUGGAGAUUAACAAAGUGGUAGACAAAUACAUUGAUCAAGGUAUUGCUGAGCUGGUCCCAGGUGUUCUGUUUAUUGAUGAAGUUCAUAUGCUUGAUAUCGAAUGUUUCACCUUCCUUCACCGAGCACUUGAAUCAAGAAUAGCACCCAUUGUCAUCUUCGCCACAAAUAGAGGCCGAUGCAUCAUCAAGGGAACAGAAGACAUAGUAUCUCCUCAUGGCAUCCCCCGGGACUUACUGGAUCGCCUUAUAAUUGUGAGGAUGAAGCCUUAUGGACAGGAAGAGGUUACACAGAUCAUUAAGAUUCGAGCUCAGAUUGAAGGAAUCAAGAUAGACAAUGAGGCUUUGUUAGAGCUCAGUUCGCUUGCAGAAAGAGCUUCCUUAAGAUAUGCUGUGAGACUGCUUACCCCCUCCAAUGUGAUGGCCCAACAGAAUGGAAAUGAAGCUGUGACUGCUGAUGAUGUUAGGGAGGCUGCUGAUUUGUUCAUUGAUGCCAAAACGUCUGCACAAGUUUUGGCAGAAAAUGCCGAUAAAUUUAUGAAAUAAAAUUAAAGUGAAUGAAAUCUCAUAAUGUACAAUGGAAAAAAUGUGGCAUAUAUGUAGAGAAAUGAGUGAACAUGUGAGAAUGAAUAAUUGGAUAUAUUAUGUAAAAUUACAUGUAAUGUAAAGAA